AUGGUACCCAGCGCAGAAGAGGUCGAAGAGUACUUUCGCUCCCUCGAGCGUUAUGUCGAGGACACCGUCUCAUCUGCGGCUCCCAACAUGCCCAACGCCCGCGAGGCCUUCUCCCGCCUCUGGACCGACAUCUCACGCUUCGGGCCCCCGGGAUGGGCAUCUCUACCCGACAUCCCUGUUCCGGGUCCGUUCAAGGUCCCGCCACCGCCGCCGCCUCCGCCUCCGCCCAAGAGCACCCUUGAAAGUGCUGCAGGUUGGGUGUCUGACCAUAAGGUUCUGUGUGUCGGUGCGCUCGUAGGUGCAAUUGGCGUCGGUACCCUCGCUGGUUACGGUCCGUUUGCUUGGACGUUGAAGGGGCGGAGGAGGGCACGGGCGACGGGCGCGGACCGAGAUAAGGAGAAGCGGCGAGUUGUCGUUGUGCUCGGUGCAGACCACCCGUUGGGCUUCCCACUCGUUGCCGAGCUCGAGCGAGCCGGUUAUGUGGUGAUCGCAUCCGUCUCGACACCUGCUGCUGUUGAUGCGCUCGAAGGCGCCUGCGGUGGAUUUCUUCGUGCACUUGUGCUUGACCCCAACGAGCCCGCAACGAUCCCUGUCUUCCUGCGCUCUCUUGCAUCAACGCUAUCUCGCCGGUUCCCGCUCACCUCUGCCGGCGAUCCCUACGCACCUUCGCCUCACCACCCCGUCCUUUACUCCGUUGUUUCACUCCUCACUUUGCCUUCCUCCAUCAUCACUCCCAACAUUGAAGCCUCGCCCCACGCACCGCUAGAAGCCCUUUCUCUCCAGUCAGCUUACAUCCCCCGCCUGCUCGCCUCUCACGUCGCACCCGUCCAAGUGCUCCAAGCUCUCCUACCGCUCCUCCGGGCCGAUGCUGUUCGCUUCCCGUCUGUGGGUUCUUGCCCGCUCGUCAUGUGUGUCCCUGCACCCGCGGGUCGCAUUGGGCUUGCUUUCGGUGGUGCAGAUGCCCUCAUCGCCGCUGCAAACGUGCGCGCUGCGGACCUGCUCCGGCGCGAGGCAGCUGCCGCAGACGGCAUGGGCCGCGUCAAAGUCAUCACCAUCGAUGUCGGUGCUGUCGCCCCUCCCCCGGGUGCAUCUGAUUCCUCCGCUGAGACUGAGGAGGCGAUCAGCACGGACGACUGGACCCCAUCGGAGCUCGCCGCCUAUGGACGCGCGUUCACUGCCUUUGGUGGGUCGCAGGCAUCUGUGCGGAGGCCGUCUGAUGUCCGCGUGUUCGUCGACGGUGUCCUGAGCGCCGUAAGCGGCGGCGCGCGCACCCACCGCGCGCGUUCUAUGCCCUUGGUCUUUGGACUGCCACUCGGCUUGUGGUCAGAGCGCUGGCUUUACUGGUUGCGCGGCGACCGCUUUGCGCUGGGCGCAGGUGCGGGGACAUAUUCGGCUGCCAGCGUGUUGCCUUUGUCGAUACUCGACACGCUGCUCAAUAUCCCGCACGCCCUCGCAAAAUUUCGUAACAGACUGACGGCCGCGGCGCCGUCUGUCACUCUGCCGGGUGAGGCCUACCCUGCGCCUGGUGCACCCUCCGCUUCUGCUUCUCGCACAAGUUCAUACCAGGCUGCGCCGGUGGCAGCGCCGUCGCCCGUGCGCCCCACAAAUGCCAGCCUGCUUGGCUCCGUGCUCAGGAGCGCGCACGACGACGCCAGCGAGCCGCUCUCUGACCGGGAUGCGGGUGAAGACGUCCACGAGACGGGCUCGGAGGCGGACGUGGAGAGCAACGACGGGGAUGGCGUCAGCAUGAGCUCCGGCGUGGGCACUGUCGAGAGCAGCUGGGUCAGCCUCGACUCUCGCGGGGCCCACCCGUUCGUUGGAGGCGAGCGGAACUCGUGGGCUCAGCUCUGA